GCGACGUCAUCCCCUUCGGAUUUUACGAGAGGGGCGCGAUGACGUCGUGUCACUCUAUCUGGUGACGUCACGAGAAGCAUGGCGGCGCCCGUUGAGAGCGUGGAGGCGGUGGCGAGCGACGAGGAGGUGGAGGAGGUGGAGGAGGAGGCAGUAGCCGAGCAGGCGAAGACUUUCAAGGAGCUGGGCGUCACGGAGGUGUUGUGCGAGGCGUGCGAGCAGUUAGGAUGGAAGCAGCCCACGAAGAUUCAAGUGGAAGCCAUUCCCGUGGCCCUCCAGGGGAAAGACAUAAUCGGUCUUGCGGAGACAGGCUCUGGGAAGACGGGGGCCUUCGCGCUGCCUAUUCUACAGGCCUUGCUGGACGCACCACAAAGGCUGUUCGCGCUCGUCCUCACACCCACGCGAGAACUUGCCUUCCAAAUUUCUGAGCAGUUUGAGGCCCUGGGCUCCUCCAUCGGCAUAAAAUCAGCUGUGGUGGUUGGAGGUAUUGAUAUGAUGUCACAGUCCCUAGCCCUGGCCAAGAAACCUCAUGUAAUUAUCGCAACUCCUGGGCGGUUGGUGGACCACCUGGAAAAUACCAAGGGCUUCAACAUCCGUGCCCUUAAAUACUUGGUUAUGGACGAGGCUGAUCGCAUCCUUAAUAUGGAUUUUGAGACUGAGGUAGACAAAAUUUUGAAGGUGAUUCCAAAGGAGAGAAAAACAUACCUGUUUUCAGCGACAAUGACUAAAAAAGUUCAGAAGCUGCAGCGGGCAGCACUGAAAGAGCCAGUGAAGUGUUCUGUCUCUACCAAAUACCAGACUGUGGAAAAGUUACAGCAAUACUACGUCUUCAUUCCAGCCAAAUUUAAGGAUUCUUACCUGGUCUACAUCCUCAAUGAGCUGGCGGGAAACUCGUUCAUCAUCUUCUGCAGCACGUGUAACAACACUCAGCGCAUAGCUCUGCUCCUGCGAAACCUGGGCUUCACAGCCAUCCCACUGCACGGGCAGAUGAGCCAGAACAAGCGCUUGGGCUCCCUCAACAAAUUCAAGGGCAAGGCUCGCUCUAUUCUUUUAGCGACGGACGUUGCGAGCCGAGGGCUGGACAUCCCGCAUGUGGACGUUGUCAUUAACUUUGACAUUCCCACUCACUCCAAGGACUACAUUCACAGGGUGGGUCGAACAGCAAGGGCAGGCCGGUCUGGAAAAUCCAUCACAUUCGUGUCACAGUACGAUGUGGAGCUGUUUCAGCGUAUCGAGCAUCUCAUUGGAAAGAAGCUUCCCGCCUUCCCCACCAACGAGGAGGAGGUGAUGAUGCUGACAGAGCGGGUGUCCGAAGCCCAGAGAUUUGCUCGUAUGGAAAUGAAGGAAACAGAUGGGAAAAAGAAGAGACCAAGGGAACAGGUUUUGGAUGAUGCGGAGGAUGCCUCCGGUGUCCGCAAGCACGUUAAAGGGGGAAAAAGAAGGAAAUAGAAACGUGCACUAAAAAGACUCUUUACUCUUCAGGGUCACAAGUAAAUUAUGGAGGAGUCCCCAAGUCGAUAGCAUAACUCCCCAAACUCAUUACGGCAGUCAAGUUGAGGUGUUCAUCCUUCUUUAAUUAAACAUUGAGUGCACACAACUGCGUCGAACCUGGCAGCAUUAGUGAACAGACGGCUUACGGGCCCCAGUGCGCUCAUCUUUGAGAGCUGUCGUGCCCACACAUCCACAUCUUUUGCCGAGUCGUGAUGGGUUUGAUUUCAUUAUUCUCGAGCUAACUUGGAGCAUUGCUUUAUCAUUUUACUUGUCUAUGGAUCAAGUUGCCAUCUUUAUGUGAGAAUGUAAUGGGGAUAUGUUUGCAUAUAAAGAGUGAUGCACUUGAUAAUGGUCCUGACAUGAGCGGCUUAUUUGGUUUCAGUGGUCAUUUGUCAAGUGAAAUUCCUGUUGUGCUACAUCACAUUUUAAUUACCAGCCUCGCUUCAUUCCUGUGAAUUGCUUUUUCCCGUUGCUGUUGCAGAUUACUUAUUAACUGUAGUAAAUUUAUAUAUAUCUCAACUUUUUCAGUACUGUACGUGUAAAAUAUCGCAGUUAGUGUUUAACCAGGUAAUUUGUAUUAUUACGCCUUGCAGUCCACACCACAGUUGUAGUUGUCAGCAGUUGAUGUCACCUACUUGUAGUGUGAACUGACAAAUGUGUUGUGUACCAAAAAAUAUACACCUCGGCACAUUCAUAAAUAAAACUCUUCAAAUAUGAAAUACAUUUGUAAAAAAAUAUCAUGUAAAAUAUAUAUUUAACAGGGAAUGUUUUGGGGCAAUGGCCCUGAACGUGCUAUGAAGAAGGGCCGUUCCCCAAGACGUCGCCUAUUGUAUUUCCUUUUCAGGCAGUACUAUAUUGAUGAAUUUGUUGAGUGUUUAUUUUUUUGUGCUUGUGUACAACUGCCAAACGCGGUUUCUCCAAAUAGUUUGUUUACCAAAACUAUACACUAUAACGGAGACCAAACGGUGAAUUUACCUCCCUGUGUAUAUUACAAGGAUGGAGCGACGUGUAUAUUAAUUUUUAAGGUUAAUUGUUUUAAUGCUAACAUGGUCAUUGUUGAAACAAUAUAUGAAAUAUGCUUUUUAGUCACUGUAAAUAUAAAAUAAAACAUGCAGUUUCAAAGUUGUUUUUUCCUUAGAGGACAAUGAAUGAAAUUGCCUCCAAACCAUUUAAGUUAUAUCAGUAUGUGGAGUGUAUUGGUAAAACGUGAUUUGACACUGGUGUGUCACUUGCUGAACCAUGCAGGGAGAAACCAAUUUGAAUGAGCAGUGUCCUAACGAACAUACAUUAAACUUUGUCCCAGUGAUAUAAUGAACUGCAGAUGCUUUUGUAUAACAUGAUGCCCAUAGAGUACAUAUUUUAUAUGUUGGACAAUUGUGUGGUUUAUGUUUUCAAUGUUUUUGAAAAAGUUCAAUCUCAAAAAAAUUUGUGUAAAGAGUACAGUGUCUGCCAGUAUCUACGUGGGAUAAGGCAAGGUCCAAGGCCAGACUAUCUUUUUGUUCAAAGCAACAAUUGUCGCUCCUUUUCAUAAGCAGUUGGUCGUCGGGAGGCAGACAUGCCUUGUUCUGACGCAAAUGGUUGGGUUAUGCUUGGACGGCCCCAAAGAAAGGUAAAAAGUAUUACGUCCCUUUUGUUAAGCCGCUACUGGAUGAGGCCCAUUUGUGGCGGUUAUUUUACCAUAUUUUGCGAUGGUGCUCGGUGCGAGUUAAUGAAGGGCGUGGAGCAGGUGUUGGCACAUACGACAGUAUAUCAAUGGGUGUUGCGUCAUUGCCGUUUUGUGCUCGCCAUGCAGCCCCGUGACACCGUGUUUGUGCAUUGUGAUCACCCAUCCAAACAUUUGGCUCAAGCCUGCUUCGCUUCUGAGAUCUAAUGAAAUUGUGAAUAUUCUGCAUGAUUUUGGUUGUGGACAAGUAAUGUUAUUCACAAGUACUGCGCAGGUCGUGUUAUGCGCCACAAAGGAGUGGACUUGCAGCCAAAAAAUAUUUGUACAAUAGAUCAUUUUUAAAUCAUGGUUGUCCACAAGGCAAAAACGCUGAAAAGGUCAGCAACAAACAGCACACUUGAAGGCAAAAUAUAUAUUACAGUUUAUGCAUUUCUCGGGGUUCUCAACCAAGGAGACGAGAGGUCGGUCAAAUAUUAAAAUGUCCCUUGGUGACUGCAAACGCCGGGAGGGCUGUGAUGAUGUAUGCAGUAGGCUGUGGAUGCAUUGUCAUAAGCUGUCCUACGCAUGGCAGUUUAACACCGGUCAUCAAAGUAAUAUGUUAGAUUUAUGUGAAAAAAUAUUGGGAUGUAGCGUAUAUGCAACACAUUGGUGUUCUUUCGCGUUUGUGUUUAUGCAUGGGCUUGUUUAUAGCAAGGCGUGUUUGUUACCAAAACUCAAACCACCCAAACCCAGUCAGUUGUUGGUAGUCCUUGCUGAACAAUUUUGUCAUGCGUCACCCUGCCAGUGACGUUUUGAGACAAAUAAACUAUUGAGAUGGGCCUAUUGAGAUGUGAAAGAUGUUCUGGGACUUUAAUUGUUUAUUGACACUGUUUUCUGCUUUAAUGGAAAACUUGCAAAAUACGUAUGAGCAAAACAAUGUAGUGCGUUACAAUAUCGCUUAUCGGACUCGCUGAGAAUUGGAGUAGAGUCGGCGGAUAUCUGAAACGGUUGGAUUUGUGAACGUCUAUAGAAAGAAGUGUUCCCAAGCACUAAUACAUACUGCCCUGGGUGUUGGUGGAUAAUCGUCAAGACAGUCGGAUAUUUGACGUACAGUACUUUGUGCUAAAGUUUAAUGUAAAUGGCAGUAAGAAUACAAGAUGCUUCGCCAUG